AGCCGCAGGCGCAGGCCCAACGGAGCCGGCCGGCCAGCGGGUGCAGGUGCGGACGCACCGGCCAUCACCGCGCGGCCGCGCAGCGGACACCGUGCGCACUGGUCUGCGGCGCCCCGGGAGCGCCUAAAGCAGCACUUUCCAAGGGCUGAAGCUGGGCCCACACUAUGCCACCCGUUUCUCCCGGUCUCCUUGUUGGGCUUCUCACAUCCCCGGAUAAAGGGGCAGCCGGCAGCACCUGAGGCCAUGUCCCACGAAAAGAGUUUCUUGGUGUCGGGGGACAGCUACCCUCCCCACAACCCUGGCUAUCCUGGAGGGCCCCAGCCUCCUAUGCCUCCUUAUGCUCAGGCUCCCUACCCUGGGGCCCCAUACCCACAGCCCCCUUUUCAGCCUUCUCCAUAUGGUCAGCCAGGGUAUCCCCAUGGCCCCAGCCCCUACCCCCAAGGGGGCUACCCUCAGGGCCCCUAUCCCCAAGGGGGCUACCCACAGGGGCCAUACCCGCAGAGCCCCUUCCCCCCCAACCCCUAUGGACAACCGCAGCCCUUCCCGGGACAGGACCCUGACUCACCACAGCAUGGGAACUAUCACGAGGAGGGACCCCCAUCCUACUAUGACAACCCGGACUUCCCUGCCACCAACUGGGAUGACAAGAGCAUCCGGCAGGCCUUCAUCCGGAAGGUGUUCCUGGUGCUGACUGUGCAGCUGUCAGUGACCCUAUCGACAGUGGCCGUGUUCACUUUUGUCACGGAGGUCAAGGGCUUUGUCCGGGAGAACGUCUGGACCUACUAUGUCUCCUAUGCUGUCUUCUUCAUCUCCCUCAUUGUUCUCAGCUGUUGUGGGGACUUCCGGCGAAAGCACCCCUGGAACCUCGUUGCACUGUCCAUCCUGACCGUCAGUCUUUCCUACAUGGUGGGCAUGAUUGCCAGUUUCUACAACACUGAGGCAGUCAUCAUGGCGGUGGGCAUUACCACGGCCGUCUGCUUCACAGUGGUCAUCUUCUCCAUGCAGACUCGCUAUGACUUCACCUCGUGCAUGGGUGUGCUCUUGGUGAGCAUGGUGGUGCUCUUCAUUUUUGCCAUCCUCUGCAUCUUCAUCCGGAACCGCAUCCUGGAGAUCGUGUAUGCCUCGCUGGGUGCCCUGCUCUUCACCUGCUUCCUGGCAGUAGACACCCAGCUGCUGCUGGGGAACAAGCAGCUGUCCCUGAGCCCAGAGGAGUAUGUGUUUGCAGCACUGAACCUGUACACUGACAUCAUCAACAUCUUCCUGUAUAUCCUCACCAUCAUUGGUCGUGCCAAGGAGUAGCCUGAGCCCCCAGCUCACCAUGCCCUGCUAGAUGGCAUGGCUGGCCUGGACCCUACCCAUAACAUGAUUAUACCAACUGUACUUUCCUUUCUCUGGUCCCCAGGCACGGCUUGGGGCAGACCGAGCCCCUCUCUGACCCUUGUGUAUGUACAGUGCAGAUACUUCCGUUUGGACCCACUGUGGCUACGGCAUGGCCCCUUUUUGCCCUCCUGCUCCUGCCGAGGGGUGAUGGGGCCACAUUUCUGUGCCACUUCCUGUCUACUAAUUGUUGCAUGAGCCCCGUCUGCCAGCCCACCCCAGGGUCUGGGGGCAACACCAGGUCCCAGGGGAGAGGGAUUGAGCCAAGAGGUGAGGGUGCACGUCUUCCCUCCUGUCCCAGCUCCCCAGCCUGGCAUAGAGAAUCCCUUCCCUCCCCAUCCUGAAGCACUGCCCUCUGAGGGACAUGCGGGUGGGGUUCUCAUUCCUGCGCUGAGCCCUGAGAACAGAGGAUGGCGUGUUUCAGGAGAGGAGGAGACCUUCCUCUCAUGCUACGUCAUUAAAAUUCCAAUAAACGGUACCUUCU